GUGAUUGGCUCGUUGUUUGAUCGUAAGUCAAUGAGCUAGCGGCCCGAGAACUUUGUCAACAAGAGACCCUGACAAAACAAAAAGCUUACAACAAAUUGCGACGCAUUUUCUGUUGUUUAUGUGUUCUUAAUCAUCAUGACUAAUUAAAUUCCGUUUCAUGCCUUGCGAGUGUUUAAAACGGAUGUCCACACAAGCCUGACGUUGGUGUGAAAAAACACAAAAUGCGUAAUGCAUUUGUGACACAACAUAUUCUUGCUGCAUUUAUGCUUUCUUCCCAGCUUCCAGCUGACAAGCUAAAUGAAAAAAUUGCCUGAUUUGCUAUGUCGAGCCGACCAUUCACCACAAAACUCUUCAGUUUCAUACCAUACCUGCACAACGAAAAGAGAUCAAUGGUCUCUCGGUCAGAUUUAUUAAAAAAACUUAAGUAUGCUUCGACUUACGAAGAAUGGCUCGCCGUAGGCAGCGAACUAGAUAAGCGGGAUGGAAAUGAGGACUGGAGGAGGGAUGAACGAUCCGAUGAAUACAACUAUGAUCUUAUCCGAACAAGACUUGUGGAGCUUCGAAAUGCGAGAAAGGAGAAAAAUACGCAGCUAGUCCUUAGUUUACUUCGUAUCACAUUGACUCGAAGCUUUGGCAAUCUCAACAACAUGCGUCUGUAUCGGUUUGCGUACGCAGGCACAAAGUACCUAAUUAAUGAUUAUUUAAAUGAGGUUCGACAAUGUCUCGAGUACGUUAACUUCACUGGUGACUUAAAUUCGCAAGAAAAACUGAACGAGUUUAUCAAUUUGAAGCUCACUCUUGGAAACACAGCUCUUAUUCUGAGCGGUGGUGGUACAUUUGGCAUGAAUCACAUUGGUGUCUUACAAGCGCUUUUGGCGGAAGACCUUGUUCCUAGAAUUGUUUGUGGUUCGUCUGCAGGUGCAAUCGUAGCUGCAGCGGCUUGUGUUCGAACAUACGAAGAACAAAUGCUACUUAUACAUCAAUUCCACACAGGUGACUUGAGCGUGUUUAACGAACCUUCGCUGCCAUAUGAGUCCAUGUGGACUCAACUAAAGCGAUUUCUGACACGUGGAAGUUUUUUGGAUAUACAGUAUUUAACACGAGUCAUGAAAAAAUUAGUUGGCGACUUUACUUUCCAGGAAGCUUGGGAGCGUUCAGGCUACAUUCUCAACAUUACUGUCUCAUACGAGGGACUGUAUGACAUGCCAAAGCUACUAAACUACAUCACCGCACCCAACGUUCUCGUCUGGAGUGCUGUUGUUGCUACGUGCUCCGUACCACUGCUUUUCCAACAUGCAACCGUUUGGGAACGGGACCCCAUUACCAAAGCACUCGUGCCCUUUACUGCGGGUGAUAAACCCGUGUGGAUGGACGGUUCUGUAGAUGGUGAUAUUCCACAUGCACGGCUUGCCGAAAUGUUCCAUGUGAAUCAUUUCAUUGUAUCUCAAGUCAACUUCCACAUUGUUCCCUUCAUCUUUGAUCCGAAUUCCACCUCUCGGCUAGAACGCACAGCCAAAAAGUGUGUCGACCUAAUUGCCCAGGAAUGCAGUCUCACUUUAGGAUUACUGUCUGAAAUGGGCAUACUGCCAACUCUGUGUACAAAACUUCAAUCGGCUAUUCUGCAAAAGUACUCUGGUGAUAUUACCAUCCUGCCCGCCCUUGACUGGAGAAAUGUGAAAAAGGUCGUUCGCAAUCCAACACCUUCGUUCCUAUUAGAUGCUUCUGCUAGAGGCAAGCGUGGAACAUGGCCCAAAAUAUCUGCCAUUCGCAAUCAGUGCUCACUAGAGUUCAUGCUCAAUGACCUUAUAAACCAAUUGGUUCGCGAACAGGCUGAACAUCCUGCAAUGUUGAUGCAAUGAGUCAGGACAAUGAAGGACGUUGUCACUUGUGCUACACAAAAAGUUAUUCAACCCGACCUCCUUAAUCUUCUACAGCUGCAUGCAUCUUCAAAGUUCCUUCUCCGCUGGUCGUCUCUUCCGCUUGUCUCUUACUUUCACUCACCUUCCCCACGUGACCCAUUCGCAUACCCCAGCGUAACUGGGGCCCCACUUCACCGCCAAUCACCCCGCGCUACUUAGUGGGCAGAACCCCCUGGGCCCCGCCCGAACAAAAACCCUUGUCCGCUUUUCGCAUGUUCUGAAUGCUAAAUCAAGCACAGCUGGACUGUGCUGAAAUAAAGACCUGCCUUUCAACAACACGUUUGCCUAGCAACUAGCGAUGAACGUUUUGUAACCUUCAGCUGUUUCCGCCAGCAUCCAGGUGCCCGCUCGGGGUGGACGAAGCGCCGAGUAUUUUGAUUUACCCCUUUUUGCGCUAAGCGAACCAAUGAUUAUUGACUUUUAACGAAGUAUUAACAUAAUUGGUUCCCGAGACUGCUUUCCCAGUGGAGUAAACGGAAAACCGAUCAGCGUUUAAACCAAUCAAGAUGAGGGUUUUUUGCCGAAACCCCUCUCCACACGGGAUGCUAUUUUGCCCGUCACACGCAUCCAGACCGUUGGCGCUAGUCGCUUCGGCUCUAAUCGUUGUGCGGGGUAAACCCUCCGCGAAUAUUAUUAUCGCCACUUUCAUGACGUCAACAUUACGAGAAUUUCCGAGAAGAAGAGCAGAUUUACUAAAAUCCAUGGAUAUGAAGUUUUACAGACGCCAGAAUUAGACGUUGAAGGCACGAAUAAAACAAUAAAUAUCCGGGUGCAAUUCGUACGGUUCUAUAACUGAAUCUAGACAAAUCUUAAUCCGCC